AUGACCAGUUUCUCGACCACUUUGGCUCAUCGACCUCGAGCGCAUAGAUCUCAUGGCGCUCAUCAUCACCACUCUCUGAAGGGCGAGUCUCCGCCUUACGAAAGGGCGGAGAGAAGAGAAAUCGAGUUGUUUGAUCUCGAUGAUCUGCGAGAUCCCAUCAGGAUUGCGGUAAAGGAAACGACAUGCUUAAGUCAUGUUGAGAACUUUCUGAAGCGUCGCUAUGCUGACGGCGAUGACGAUGAUGAGCCGGUGCCAAGCGAGGCUCGGAUCAUCUACUACCUCAUGGACGAGCGUUUGUUGGGCGACGAGAUUCCAAGAAAUGUUUCUAGACUAUACUAUCGAGCUCUGGAAAGCGACGACAAUGAUGGCCGAGAAGGUGCAAUCAGAAUCUCUUGGGGCAGGAGGCUCCACUUGGACAGUGAGCAACUCACACAAAUACGCACUGCUCUGGAAAAAGGAGAGACCAUAGGUGAGCUGAGAUGCUUACUUGCGUCUCUCCUGGACAUCGAGGAUCCCAACCGGGUCGUAAUAUCGGCACAUGGUGGCUUGAGACCUGGACUUUUGCAGGGAAAUAAUUGGAAGGCCACCAUGAUCAAGUCGUGGCUCUGCCAUAAAAUCUGGAUCGAUAUAGCUCCGGCAUACAACUACCUUAUUAUGAAAGGAGUGAACGAGGAGUAUAUAUACCACCCGCCUGGUGGUAGAUCCUCGGUCGACCUUCAAACUCUCAGGCACUGGCUUAUCCACAAGUUACUGACAAAUGUACACUACCGCGCCUCUAGUCGCCUGAGCGUGGAUUCUGAUGAUUUCACUCUGGUGUGUAAGGGAAAGCUGUUGGAUCGGCGGCGGCGCAUUUCUUUUGGCCAGACUGUCGACUUUGAACUGGCGCGGGACUUGGAAGACAAAUUCACGGUAGAAGAGGCAUGGCUUCUGCCUCAGACAACGACAUGUGUGGUAUGCAGCGAUGAUAAAAGGGUGUCGGAGAUGCCAAGUUGUAUUACCAGCUCAUGUGAGCAUGAGCCAAAUACAUGCAAGGAGUGUAUUGGUCAAUGGAUUGCCUCGAGCAUGGAGACUGUGGCUUGGGAUAGGCUGAGAUGCCCCGAAUGUUCACAGCUCCUGCGCUUUGAGGAUGUCCAGGCAUUUGCCGGGAAAGAAACGUUCGACAGGUUUGUGUGGCGAAAAUAUGUUGCUCUCAUGAGGUCCCGGCUAAUCAUUGAAUAUAGAUAUGAUAACCUGGCCACAAAGGCGGCAGUCUCAGAUAUUCCUGAUUUCAAGUGGUGCUUGAAUCCACGUUGCCAGUCUGGUCAGAUUGUUCGUCCGGGUUGUCAAAAAGUCAAAUGCCACAGCUGCAAAGCCUCUUCCUGUGCCAACCACGAUCUACCAUGGCACAAGGGCGAAACCUGCAAAGAGUUUGAUGUACGCAACAGACGCCAGCGGAGAGGCGAAAUGGCUUCGGAGAAAAAGGUCAAGGAAAUCACAAAAGCUUGCCCACAGUGCCAUAAGGAUGUCUACAAAUUCACCGGUUGCGAUCACAUCACUUGUAAGUAUUACUUGUUCUUCUCUUACAUUUUGAAUAGGAGUUAUUUAUUGACGUUGCAAUAG